UCGAAUACUGUGCUCUAUUGCACACUAUAUGUAUAUACAUAUACAUACCGAUUAUUCACAUCUGCAAUAAUAAAAAUACAAAUUUACAUCAUGCAAGAAUAGUACACUAAAUGAUCGCUCACCUAUCUCUAUAGUAACGAAAAGUAAAACAUGUUCAUAACCUAAAGAAACAUGGAAUUGUGCGAAUACAACUACAAUUUGUAGUAUCAUCCUUCACUAUUUUAAAAACAAUGUCAGCAGAAAAUCGUGAGGAAUCUAUGCGAGAAACCGCAUUACGACUUGCUAUAGAGGAAGAAAAUAGACGCAAGACUGAUCCAAAUGAAACUCACGAACGAUCCAUUAUUAUCCUUGGCAGUAAGGGAAUUGGUAAAACAACAAUGAUAUAUCGAUUUCUUGAAAAAGAUGAAAGACCAAAACCGACUAUAGCAAUGGAUUAUUCGUUUGGUCGUAAAACUGUGAAAAGUUUAGUGAAAAAUAUAGUGCACGUGUGGGAAGUGGGUCACUUGGCUUCUUCUUUAGUAUCCGUCGCAAUGACCGGAUCUACAUUAACACAUUCUCCUCAUCAUACUGUGAUAUUAAUAAUGCUGGAUUUAUCGCGACCAGAAGAAUUAUGGACUUCUUUCGAAGAAACUCUUUCUAUACUACGAAACGGUUUGAAAAUGAGUUAUGAUUCCGAUACAAUUAAAAAAUUACAGGAAAAAAGAAUAGCAAAUAUGAAAAAAGAUAUAGAACGCGGAAUUGAUCUGUUCCCUUUGCAGAUGUGUAUCUUAGGUGGACGAUAUGAUGAAUUCAAGGAAUUUGACUCGGAUAAAAAAGAAUUUAUUGGUAAGAUACUGAGAGCGAUAGCUCACAAUCUAGGUGCAAGUCUUUAUUAUUAUUCGUCUAAAGAUAAAUUUCUUGUGCGACGACUUAAAGAUCUAUUAUCUCACUACGGAUUCGGUUCUUCACUUACGGAGGAAAAGUGCACAGAUUAUGAAAAGCCAUUAAUGAUACCAGCGGGUGCGGAUUCCUUCGGACGAAUCGAUUUGCAGUUCCCUCAAACGAGACCAUCGGCAAUUUUAGACACCAUCAAACAGAUCUACAUCUCCCGCAUACCGCAAGUAUCGAGGAACGACGAAAGCACUUUGGAGGAUCCCAGCAAUGAUCCUAAUUUUAAUGAGCCCAUUAUCGAUAGACUGAGAAUGCAGCGGGAAGAGGAGAUCAGUGUACUAUUGAGCGAUAUGAUGGAAGGUCGUAUGCCGCAAAUUCCUGUGCCUGAUCCAAUUUAAAGAGUACAUCUAUUUUCGCUAAGCAUCCAUUGCGUUUUUAAAGCGAUAAACGAAAACGGCUAGGAUAAUUUGGCAAAGAUAAUUUAUAAUAUAUUCAUUUAGAGUGUAAUCCAUAACAUAUGCAAAAUUAAUAAAAAACUAUUUCAUUCGCGA